AUGCAACUCAGUACAAUUGAUUCUUCUUGUUGUGGUCCCACUGAAACAAGUCAUUGGGUGAUUUCAAAACGUCUUUUAUCAAGUGCAUAUCCAGGUGCAAAAAAUCUUGAUGAACAUCGACUUAUAACACGUGCUAUUUAUGAUAGUGGUAUUGAAGUAUUCGUUAAUCUAAUGCGACCAACUGAUCUUACUCGUUUUACUCCAUACGAACCAGAAAUUCGACAGUAUGCUACUCAAGAUGGUCGACCCGUUGAAUUUCUUUCAUUUCCGAUUCGUGAUCAAUUCAUUUGUCGAGAUGAUAGAAAAGUAUUAGAAUUUUGUUCAGAUUUAUGUAAACGAAUUACAGAAGAUGAUCAAAAGAUUCUUAUUCAUUGUUGGGGUGGACAUGGAAGAACUGGUACAAUCAUAUCUAUUCUUAUCGGCAUGUUAUUUCAAUUUGAAGCGGAUGAUGCUUUGGAUUAUAAUGAUCAAUUACACAAGCAACGUUUGAGAAGAAAAGGAAGAACAGCUUCACUUGCAUCUUGUCAAAAUCAACAAGUACGGAACGUAUUAAAAAUGUACAAAGAUCAACAAACAUCGUCAUCUGUCUUAUCGAUAGAAAAACAAACAUUCGAAUAA